ACAUUAGCUGCACACUUAAAGGAAGCAUCAUCAUGAACCCCUGGUUUCUUAGAGAGCCUUUUGGGAUGCUGGCAACAUUACCGGGUAACGGUUCAGGUGCGAGCGCCCUACGGGAUGACCUGAGUGACAACACCCACGCCCUGAAGACCCUAAACUUUCGCUUCCGUCGCUUUCUGAAUCGUGUGCAUGAGCUGGAACGCAGGAACAAGGCUCUGGAGAAUGAGCUCCAGCAAGCCGUGAACAGAACAUUGUAUCAUGGGUUCUUCACCCGAGACGUUGCCGUGCAGACCGACUCGACGGAGCCACGGCUGCCGGGCACUAUUUGGAGCUUCACACAUGUACGACGGCGAGGGGAUCGCCUAGAGACUGUGUAUGGACCCGGGGUGACGUGGUCGCACCCGGACGGUGUGGGAGUGCAAAUCGACACCAUCACCCCAGAACUCAGGGCGCUGUAUAAUGUUCUGGCCAAAGUCAAGCGAGAGCGGGAUGAGUACAGGACCAAAUAUGAAGAGGAGCUGUCUAAAAGAGAGCAGAUGAAGUUAAUGGUGGAGUCACUGCAGAAGAGUGUUCAGGAUUCAGAGGCCGUUCAGGAGGAUCUGAGGAAUAAAGUGGAUAAGCUGAAGGCAGAACUUGUGGUCUUCAAGAGCCUCAUGAGUGAUCAAAUGUCUGAGCUGGACUCUAAAAUCCAGGAGAAAGCCAUGAAAGUGGACAUGGACAUCUGCAGGAGAAUUGACAUCACGGCCAAACUCUGUGACGUAGCGCAGCAAAGAAAUUCUGAGGACAUGUCCAAAAUGUUCAAGGGGGCUGUAGCCUGCAAAAGGAAAGAGAAGAAAGUCUUGUCAGAUGAAGAAAACUCUGAAAUGGAUGCAGAUCCCAGCACGUCGGAGGAAGAAGCAGUUGGAACGCUCAACAUUACUGAUGAGAUGAAGCGUGUGCUGAACCACCUACAUUGCUCAGAUAACUUGUUUGUUGCUAGGCGGGAGACGUUCGACAUUGAUGAUGAUUGUGAUAGUUUGACAUGGGAAGAGAAUGAGGAGACGCUGUUGCUGUGGGAGGAUUUCACCAACUACAACAUACCACACGCCAUCAAUCCUACAACUAACACUUCGAACGGUGGAGGAGGCAGCCAGGAAGCAGAUGUCAGUCUGGGCAGCCUAAUUGAUGAGACUGAGACUCUCUUCAAAAACAGAGAGGAGGAGUACCAGGCUACUAUCGGCCAAAUCGAGAUGGAGUUAGCUACAGCAAAGAGUGACAUGAACAGACAUCUGCAUGAGUACAUGGAGAUGUGUAGCAUGAAAAGAGGUCUGGAUGUCCAGAUGGAGACGUGCCGCAGAAUGAUCAAGGGGGGAAGGAACUCACCAUCCAUUAGCUCUGUGUCGAGCAGUGACUCAGGAAACACUGACGAGAUUCAAGACGAGUUGGACAAGGACGGGGACACAGAGGGUCCAGUCAGCUGA